GCUCCUCGCAGCGGAGCCGGUCCCCUAGGGCUCGGGGUCGCACGGAGCUGACCCCUAACGAAAUGGGGCCGUGCCAGGGGCGGUGGUGGCUGCUGCUCUGGCUGCCGCCCCUGGCCACACUGCCCGUGCGGGGGAAGGCGGCGGCGGCGGCGUUGUCAGUUCGUAGGUGUAAAGCUUUGAAGGAAAAAGAUUUAAUUAGAACGUCUGAGUCAGACUGUUACUGCUACAAUCAAAAUUCCCAAGUGGAGUGGAAAUACAUAUGGUCGACUAUGCAGGUGAAAAUUACCAGUUCAGGCCUGUUCAGAAUUGUAUACAUCACAGAAAGACAUAAUUGCCAAUAUCCAGAAACCAUUUUAUCUUUUAUCAAAUGUGUGAUUCAUAACUUUUGGAUACCAAAAGAAUGUAAUGAAAUAACCAUAAUCAUCAAUCCAUAUGGAGAGACUGUGUGCUUUUCUGUGGAGUCUGUCAGGAAGAUAUUUAACUAUAUGAUACAUGUGAAUCGAAACAUCAUGGAUUUCAAACUCUUCCUUGUGUUUGUGGCAGGAGUUUUUCUUUCCUUUUAUGCAGAGACCCUGAGUCAAAGCCCUACUUUCUAUUACUCUUCGGGAACUGUGCUAGGUGUUCUAAUGACAUCAGUCUUUGUCUUGCUGUUGGUGAAACGAUUCAUUCCGAAGUAUAGCACCUUUUGGGCUCUAAUGGUUGGUUGUUGGUUUGCUUCAGUUUAUGUUGUGUGCCAGUUGAUGGAAGAUCUGAAGUGGCUGUGGUAUGAAAACAGGAUAUAUGUAUUAGAUGACAGGAGCAGAAGUCUUCUGAUGUGGACACUAUGACUCCUCUCCCUGGUUCUGGUCUAUGCUGGUGUGGCCGUGCCUCAGUUUGCCUAUGCAGCCAUAAUCCUCCUCAUGUCCUCCUGGAGUCUGCACUACCCACUGAGAGCAUUCAGUUAUAUGAGGUGGAAAAUAAAGCAGUGGUUUACAUCGAAAGAGCUGGUGGUGAAGUAUCUUACAGAAGACGAGUAUAGGGAGCAAGCUGAUGCUGAAACGAACAGCGCUCUGGAGGAGCUGCGCUGGGCCUGCUGAAAACCCGACUUCCCCUCGUGGCUGGUGGUCUCCAGACUUCACACUCCUAGAAAAUUUGCAGACUUUGUUCUUGGAGGAAGCCACUUGUCACCUGAAGAAAUCAGUCUGCAUGAAGAGCAGUAUGGCCUUGGGGGUGCCUUCUUGGAAGAGCAGCUCUUUAACCCAAGUACUGCCUGACAUGCGACCUUCAAGUUGACUUCAUUCUGGACAAGGAAGUGGGCAAAGGGUAGGGAUUCUAUUAAAGUUAGGCAGAACUGUUCUAGUGAACAGUGGCAAAAACAUUUGCUGUGGAGAAAAACAAGUCAUUCUGGAAAGGAAAACUAACCCAUUUUGAAGAUAACUUAACAUUCUUGGUGAGUUCUGCUAUUUACUGUACUGUAGGUGGAUACCAAGAUUCUGUGACAGCCACUACCACCUUCCUUGAAUGAAGGCUUUCAUUAGGAACAGGGGAAUGGCGUUGUUCUUCAAGGGA